GUGGGGUACCAUUGCCUUCUCUGCAGUGAUUCCCAAAUGGAAGACUGUGUGACGUUGAGUGCUUCAGAUCUGGUCACUAUGGUACGAGAACGAAAAUGCAUAUUGUGCCACAUUGUGUACAGCUCAAAAAAGGAGAUGGAUGAACACAUGCGGAGCAUGUUGCAUCACAGGGAACUUGAGAACCUGAAGGGCAGGGACAGUAGUCAUGAGUGCCGAGUGUGCGGGGUUACAGAAGUGGGUCUUUCUGCAUAUGCAAAGCACAUUUCUGGCCAGUUGCACAAAGAUAAUGUUGAUGCCCAGGAAAGAGAAGAUGAUGGAAAGGAAGAAGAAGAGGAAGAUUAUUUUGACAAGGAACUCAUUCAGUUAAUAAAACAAAGGAAAGAACAAAGUCGACAAGAUAAACCUUCCAAUAGCAGCCAAGAAAUAAACUCUGAUGACAGGCGACCCCAAUGGAGACGAGAAGACCGAAUCCCUUACCAAGACAGAGAGAGCUACAGCCAGCCAGCAUGGCAUCAUCGUGGACCUCCUCAGUGGGACAGGAAGUGGGAGAAAGAUGGCUAUAGUAACAGUAGGAAAAACAGCUUCACACAUUCUUCAAGAAAUAAUGGUGGAUCAAGAGGAUGUUCUGGGUGGCAUAAGGGUGGUGCAGGAGGUUCCUCACCUUGGUUUCACAGCCAUAGUAAUUCUGGAGGUGGUUGGCAUUCAAAUAGUGGGACAGUAGAUUGGAAUCAUAAUGGUACAGGAAGGAAUUCCAGUUGGCAUUCUGAAGGAACAGGUGGCUUUUCCAGUUGGCAUACGAACAGCAGUAACGGAAAUUGGAAAUCCAGUGCAUGUGGUACCAACAGUUGGAAUUACAGUGGCCCCGGAGACAAAUUUCAACCGGGCAGAAACAGAAAUUCUAACUGUCAAAUGGAAGACAUGAAUAUGCUAUGGAAUACGAAAUCUAACUCAAACAAAUACAAUCAAGACAGGUAUAAGUGGCAGUGGCAAGAGAAUGACAAAGUUGGUGCAGUUGCCACAUUCAGAAGUCCUUCUGAAGGAUUUGCAAGUGGUAAGUUUCAUUCAGAAGGCUUGCUUGACUUCAAUUUUGAGCAGCUAGAAAGCCAAACCACUAAACAAACAGACACCUUCACUUCCAAAAUUGGUGGGAAGAGUGGCAGUGUAGCAAGGGAAAAGCUCCGUCGCUGGACUCCUUACCCUUCACAGAAGACUCUGGAUUUACAAUCAGGAAUGAAAGAAGUCACUGGUAACAAGUCAGAAAUGGUAGAUAAGCCUCUCUUUGAUUAUAGCUUGAUAACCAUGGGAAUAAAAGAGCCCCAAAAUGAUAGAACAAAUAAUUCUCAAAAACCGAAAACAGGAAAAGAAAAACAUAUUGGAUCUCUUAAACACAAAACCUCAUCUGACUGCACUGCUUCCUAUGAGGUGGUGAGAGAAUGCCCCAUUAUGGAAAAACCUGAACAAGAGCCUAAUUUAAAUAAGAGGGCAUCAUUAAAAUCCCCACUCCUUCCAACUCCAGACAGUAAAUCAGUUCCUCAAAAGCAAGAUUCAAAGAAUCCCUCAAAAAACACCAAAAUUAAUUCUUUUUUCUCGGGGGAACACUCAAAUCCUUUGGCUAAACACACUGUGGAAGAUAAUCAGAGUUCUUGCAUAUCCAAAAUGCGAAGUUCAGGUCCUCAUGUUUUAAAAGGAAAUAAUAAAAGUUCACUUGGAACUCAAAGGGAUUCUGAUGAAAAUUUAAGUGAUACAUUACAGAAAGCCAAAGAUGUGCUGCAGUGUCAUGAGACAUUGCAAAAUCCACUUAGCGCUUCUAAAAGGACCAGGAAUUAUGCAAAAGCAAGUAGAAAUGUAGAAGAGUCUGAAAAAGGAUCUUUGAAGAUUGAAUUUCAAGUACAGGCAUUAGAAGAUGAAAGUGAUGGAGAGAUAUAUGACACAGAAAAGCAUGGGACAAAAAUUGAAACCCUGGGUUCUACAACUACAGAAGUUUUAUCCUGCAGUACUCCUGCUGCUGAUGAGAAAAGGGGGGAUGACCAAAACCUGGAAACAUCUAGAAAACCGUCCACUUCCCCGUGUAACUCAGCAGUUCACCAAAAAGAAACUGAGUUACAAAUGACAUCUGUAGCCAGCCCACAGUCUGGUUUACUGCUAGGUUUGAAAACCUCUCUAGAAGAUGCACAGGUUGAUGACCCUGUUAAAUCUCAUGAAUCUUAUGAAACUGAAGGCUUUGAGAGUACUAGCUUGGAUGCUGAGCUUCAAAAAAGUGAUAUAGGUCAACCCUCAGGCCCCCUCCUGCCUGAACUAAGCAAGCUUGGCUUUCCUGCCUCACUCCAGAGAGAUCUAACCCGGCACAUUAGCUUGAAGAGCAAAACUGGAGCACACCUUCCUGAGCCAAACCUCAAUAGUGCUCGCCGCAUCCGCAAUAUCAGUGGUCAUCGAAAGAGUGAGACAGAGAAGGAAUCUGGACUCAAGCCAACCCUUCGACAGAUUCUAAAUGCAUCUCGAAGAAAUGUCAACUGGGAACAGGUCAUUCAGCAAGUAACCAAGAAAAAGCAAGAGCUAGGCAAAGGCUUACCCAGGUUUGGCAUAGAAAUGGUGCCUCUGGUUCAAAAUGAGCAAGAGGUCUUGGAUCUGGAUGGUGAGCCUGAUCUGUCUGAUCUAGAAGGAUUCCAGUGGGAAGGUGUUUCCAUUUCUUCAUCCCCUGGGUUGGCAAGGAAGCGAAGCCUUUCAGAGAGCAGUGUGAUCAUAGACAGGGCUCCGUCUGUGUAUAGCUUCUUCAGUGAGGAAGGCACAGGCAAAGAAAAUGAGCCCCAGCAGAUUUUUUCACCUAGUAAUUCAUUCAGAUCUGCACAGAGUCAAAAACCAACCAUGAGCCUUAAGCAGGAAGUAACACCUCUGGCUGCCUCCCUAAGAACAGAUGAAAGAACUGAAAAUGUUGCUACUCGAAGGCGACAUAGCACGCAAUUAUCUCCUGACCAUACAAUACCUUUGAUGGAUUUGACCAAAGAGCUGCACAGCCAGGAGAGUUCUACACUAUCAGAGAAUCAUAAUGCCCAGGAAAGUAAUGGAGAAGGAAACUCUUUAUCAUCAAAUGCAUCCUCAGCCCUUGCAAACUCCAGUUUGGCAGAUGCAGCCACAGACAGCAGCUGUACCUCUGGUGCUGAACAGAAUGAUGGCCAGAAUGUUAGAAAGAAACGAAGAGCCACUGGAGAUGGAUCUUCUCCUGAACUGCCAAGUCUUGAGAGAAAAAAUAAAAGAAGGAAAAUUAAAGGAAAGAAAGAACGUUCUCAGGUUGACCAGCUGCUGAGUAUUUCUUUACGAGAAGAAGAACUAAGCAAAUCGUUGCAGUGCAUGGAUAACAAUCUUCUGCAAGCUCGUGCAGCACUUCAGACAGCUUAUGUUGAAGUUCAAAGGCUACUUAUGCUGAAGCAGCAGAUAACUAUGGAAAUGAGUGCCCUGAGGACCCAUAGAAUACAGAUUCUACAGGGAUUACAAGAAACAUAUGAACCUUCUGAACAUCCAGACCAGGUUCCCUCUAGCCUUACACGAGAACAGAAGAAUGUUAGAUCUCAAACGUCUACUGAUGGCACACUUCUGCCUAGUGCUUUUGUCCCGAAUUUCCUGGAACCUCUAUCUUCCCACGUGUCUCCAUCAUCCACUGGAACCCCUCUCCAAGCAAUCACAUCUUCUUUCCAAGCUCAUGGCAGUGUUCCUGCUCCCGACUCAUCAGUUCAUAUUAAACAAGAACCCAUGUCUCCUGAACAAGAAGAGACUGUGAAUGCCAUAUCACAAGGCUCUGCUUGCAGUGUGUCCAAGGAAUUACUGCAAGCUAAUAGAGAGAUCAGUGACAAUUGUCCAGUUUAUCCAGUUACCACUGCAGCAUUGUCCUUAUCAGAGCUAACAGAGAGAUUCCAUGAGCCUAGCCAAGAACUGAAGUUUUCUGUGGAGCAAGGAAUUACCAGAAACAGAGGGAACAGUCCCUCUUCCCAAUCAGCUGGUCUUCCUAGAAUAGAUAAAGAAAGUGAAGAGCCAAACAAAGGCAACAGUGGGUCUGAAGCCUGUACCAGUUCUUUUCCAAGAUUAUCCUUUGCUUCAGAAACCCCUUUAGAAAAAGAGCCCCACUCUCCAGCUGACCAGCCAGAACAACAGGCAGAGUCCACUCUGACAUCAGCUGAAGCUAGGGGGAACAAGAAAAAGAAGAAACUUAGGAAGAAGAAAACUCUCCGGGCUGCUCAUGUUCCUGAGAACAGUGACACUGAACAGGAUGUAUUUACUUCUAAACCUGUAAGGAAAGUAAAAACUGGAAAGUCUGCUAAAGGGGGGAAAGUGACAACCUCCACCUGGGAAGAUAGCAGAACUGGCCCAGAACAAGAAAGUGUCAGAGAUGAACCAGAUAGUGACUCGUCUAUUGAAGUCCUAGAACUUCCUAAUCCUCAGUUAGAAGUGGUAGCCAUUGAUUCUUCUGAAUCUGGAGAAGAGAAACCAGAUAGCCCAUCUAAAAAGGAUAUUUGGAACUCCACAGAGCAAAAUUCAUUAGAAACUUCUCGCUCUGGUUGUGAUGAAGUUAGCUCUACCAGUGAGAUUGGCACUCGCAAUAAAGAUGGCAUCCCUGUAAGUGUGGCAGAAACUCAGACUGUGAUCUCCUCCAUAAAAGGAUCAAAGAACUCUUCAGAAAUAUCUUCAGAGCCAGGAGAUGACGAUGAGCCCACAGAAGGGAGCUUUGAGGGGCACCAAGCUGCAGUGAAUGCAAUUCAGAUAUUUGGGAAUUUACUGUAUACCUGUUCAGCAGAUAAAACUGUCCGAGCUUAUAAUCUAGUGAGUCGAAAGUGCAUUGGUGUCUUUGAGGGCCAUACCUCCAAAGUGAACUGCCUCCUGGUUACUCAGACCUCUGGGAAGAAUGCUGCCCUUUACACUGGUUCCAGUGAUCAUACCAUUCGCUGCUAUAAUGUUAAGACUCGAGAGUGUGUGGAGCAAUUACAGCUGGAAGACCGGGUUCUCUGCCUCCACAGUAGGUGGCGAAUUCUCUAUGCAGGACUGGCUAAUGGCACUGUGGUCACCUUCAACAUAAAGAACAACAAACGACUUGAAAUCUUUGAAUGCCAUGGCCCUCGGGCUGUCAGCUGUCUUGCCACAGCUCAGGAAGGUGCCCGAAAGUUGCUGGUUGUGGGUUCUUAUGACUGUACCAUUAGCGUACGCGAUGCACGGAAUGGAUUGCUCCUUAGAACUCUGGAGGGCCACAGCAAAACCAUCCUCUGCAUGAAGGUGGUGAAUGACCUUGUAUUCAGUGGCUCCAGUGAUCAGUCAGUCCAUGCUCACAACAUUCAUACUGGUGAGCUUGUCCGGAUCUAUAAAGGUCACAAUCAUGCAGUGACUGUGGUGAAUAUCCUAGGGAAAGUGAUGGUGACUGCUUGCUUGGAUAAAUUUGUUCGUGUCUAUGAGUUACAGUCGCAUGAUCGAUUGCAGGUUUAUGGAGGACACAAAGACAUGAUUAUGUGUAUGACCAUCCAUAAAAGUAUGAUUUAUACUGGCUGUUAUGAUGGCAGUAUUCAGGCCGUGAGGCUAAAUCUGAUGCAGAAUUACCGCUGCUGGUGGCAUGGCUGCUCUCUGAUAUUUGGUGUUGUAGAUCAUUUAAAACAACAUUUGCUGACUGACCAUACAAAUCCAAACUUUCAAACUCUGAAAUGUCGCUGGAAGAACUGUGAUGCUUUUUUUACUGCUAAGAAAGGAUCCAAACAGGAUGCUGCAGGACACAUUGAACACCAUGCUGAGGAUGACAGCAAAAUUGAUUCAUGAAGUUUUUUGCCUCCCAUGUUGGGAAGUCUUUAGUUGAACUAAUCUCACAUCAGCCCCUUACACAGGCCAAUGUCCUCCUUUCCCCAGUGAAUAAGGGAAGGAGAAAGUGGUUACUAGCCAGGCUUACUACUAGCAUAAGUCUGGGCAGCUCUAUGGGAUGACACGUUACACUUCUAAGUUUUUGCUGGAGGUUUGUCAGAUUUAAACAGAUUUUUAAGGAACCAUACUCUUCUGGGACAGCAUGGCAUAUAGUAAUUAAUGCUACUGGUGUUCUCCAGAUGUUUAUUAAAGACACAGAUCUUAAUUGGUUACCCAGUUUGACCCAAAUCACACAUGUAUUUUAUUGAUUUCAGUUUGUGAUUUUUAGUUUCUGUUCUUAUGAUGGUUUAAACCAAUAGUCACAUGUUUAAGUACAAAUUUGUUCAAAUGUUAGGUUUUUAGGAUCAGUCUUAAUUUCUCCUCAAUUAUUGCAAUCAGUUAAUUCUAACCACUGGGUAUUUUAAUUGGAAGCAACUAUUUUCCUUUCUUAACAAUUAUGUACAAUGUGUUUCAAUAUUCUCGUCUUAGAUGGACAGAGCUGGCUUUAAAUACUAAAGGGACACACAGUAGAUUUUUAACAGCUGGAGUAGCUGCUCUGCUGAUUAUAUUUUAGGAGCUCAGGCAACAGAUCACAUAAUGACAAAUCCUUGCAGACAAUAAUUCCUAUUGAACCUCUGCAGAUUUUGAUAAAAGUCCUCGGUUCAAGGACUUGGUUCAAGGUACUUGGAGAUCCCACUGUUAGACCUGGGUACCCCCUAGCCUGCAGGUAUUGGCAGGCUGUUCAAACUGGAGGUGUGCCUUUGUCUUUCCAGGUUCUAACUCUCCAAGCGGGCAGGUUUGAAACCUUUUAGUUUGCUUCAUUGCCAACUCCUCUCCCAUUCUCUGGUUGUGCCUAGACUGACAGCAGCCAUCAUAUAGUUCCUCUGGGCUCAUGAGGUACUUUUCACCCACCCGCAGUACACAAAUAGGGGGAAUCAGGAUAAAGCAUCUGAAUAUAAUAUUUAAGGCCUCAAGCAAACUUCUUAAAGACCAGUGUAUUGCCUUCACCUCCCCCACUAAGCUGAGAAGGAAGGGUGGAGUGGGGUGAAGGGAAAAGACCCUCCCUGUCCUUUAAGAGCAGCCAAAUGAACAAAGCCUUCUUGUCACUGCUUUGUUUUUAAAUUCUCUCUGGACUCUUCAGUGAAGCCAUAGAGGUGUUACUUUAGCUUUUUGUUUCUGUGAUCGUCAAAACUCUAAAAGAUUCUACAGAGAGAGGGAGGAGAGGAGAGAGGAGCCAAGUGCCACAUACUGAGCUCCAGAUGUGAUGCCCACUCUUUACUAGAGGAGAGCAGCCAGGUUUAUCUCCACCCACCCUAGUGUAUACACUUCUUCUCCCAUGUCUUCACUCAGACUCUAGGGUAGGGGAACUUCACCUGGGGUUCAGGGAUAGGUUUCAUGAGGGUAUCCAAAACCCCUGGAAUUGAGUGUAAGACUAAGUAGCUGUUCUUUUUUUCCAGGAAAGCCUGUGGUGGUUCUUACUGGAUCCAAAAAAAAAAAAUAAGAACUAAGCUGGGAGAUACAUCUAGAUAAUGAAUGGCCCCAUGAAUUAUUUACUUCUGUCCUUAUGAAGGCAGGACUCUUGUGUUGACCACAUUACUGAGAUUUGCAUGAUAUUUGAGAGAGCAGAGAAGAUCUUGUUGUAUAAAGUUGAUGUGUGCUGUUUCUGUCUGAGAACAAGCAUUCCCUUCUCUUACCCCAUUUCCUGUACAUGUGACCAGAGAACCCAAGCUGUUCUGUGGGUUUGGGAAUGGUGAUUCCUAGAAAAGUACAUUUAGAUUUAUUGCUAAACCUGGCAUUUUCCUUUGGACUGUAGUGAACCCACAUUCCCACAUUGGCUGAGCAGUGUGCUGAGAAAGUCUUGCAUGCUCUGUUACAUAGGUGCCCUUCUGUUCUGCCUGAGGACAUGUCUGAAAAGAUGAGAGUGGUGGAGCCUUUGUACAGCAGGAAGAGGAUAUGUGAGGUGUUGGGCAGUCGUGGGGAACUGUUGUAGGUAUGAACAGAUUGAUAGAAUCAGUAAAAACUGAUUUGAGCUUAACUUUGAUAGAAUCAUGCACAGUCUAUCUGCCUUUAUGUGUGCAGUUAUGGAGUUUCUUGUACGUGUGUAUGCGUGUGGGCACCUAUACUUAAUAAUACUUCUCCCCAUUUCACAGGAAUUUUCUUUGAAGCCGUAGCAAUGUCUUUGUUUCAAGAAUGUGUAAAACUCACUUAACACCAGGUUAGUGUAUUGCCCUAAAUGCACUGUUGUAGCCAUCUGUUUAGAAAUAAAGGCACCAUAAGCAUCUUGGCUGCUUAUGGUUGUGUGUUAUUAC